UGAACAUGGCCGAACCGGAAGUCGAGGCUAUGCUAACGCAAAUAUCGCAAUAACACGGCAGAAAACGUCGAAAUGAAGUGCGUUUCGGGACACUAAACGUCACAGUAAUAGCAAUAUAAAAACGAUUUGAUGUCAUGAAGAAUUUUGACGUUAAUCACCUACCUUUGCAGCGAGAAAUAACAAUUAGCAUUAGCAAAUAUUCACUUCCGGGUUUGGAUUGGUUUCGUCCGACGAGAUGGCUGAGGUUGAGGAAACUCUACAGAGAAUUGAAGCUCACGGGAGUGUGGUUGGAACCAUUAUUGCUAAUGCAGAUGGUAUUCCCAUCCGAUCGACAUUUGACAUUUCUAAAGCUGGCAAGUACGCGGAAGUCCUUCGCCACCUCACCGCCAUGGCCAGGAGCACCGUUAGGGAUGUGGACCCUCAGAAUGACCUUGUCGUGAUGCGCAUCAGCACUAAGAGUCAGGAGAUUAUGAUUGCACCAGAGAACUCCUAUCUACUCAUACUAGUCCAGCAGAAAGCUGAUAAAUACACAAGAUAAAUAGAUUAGUUGCUGGGUUUCUCGGAAAAUGCGAAGUUCAUGUAAAAUGUAGUGAGACUCAAAUAAAAAGACCAUCUAAC